AUGAUGUUGGUGAGAAUGGCGUAUAGGCCAACGCCGAAACGCGUGGGAAUGCGAGCAGAGAUGAAUGCUACUCGUAGGAGUAUGUAUGUGGUAUCAUGCAGUCAUGAUCCCUAUCCUUCCCUAUGUUCCAUGUUGCAGCGACACCCAGCGCAUUAUUCUUAUUAUUGUAUUACAGCAUCGUAGCUGUAUUGAGUACAAGUAGACGAAAGGAGACGAGCGACGAUAACAACCGAGACAACAGCCGGGUGCUGACAGACGCCAGACAGAACAGAGAAUCAGACGUAACUCUGCUCUAACCGUGCCGUGUGUCUGUCUUCGUCUGUAUGUACAACACCGUCCAGG